GUGUCACAGAUCCACGGGACGUGAGAACGCGCUCCGCUCCCAUCGUGUUUUCUGCUCGAAUCCCACUUUUGUUCUCACAAGAAGAUGAAGAUGAUGAUGAUGUUCGUGAAAUAACCGAAAACGCAUGCGCACACGGGCUGACGCAGCGCUUGUAGACUUUUUUUUUUCUUCUCCUCCUUCUCUUCCAUUCCUCCGUUUUGCCUCCUCUCCGCGCGCAUCGCUGCGCCGCUGCAUUCAACAGUUCUGCUGAAAGACGCCGCGCUUCCUCUGACACCGAGAGGAGGAGGAGCAGGAGCGGGAGGAGAGAGAGGGGGGGCAUCACGAUCAGUGUUUCUGCAGACCGGGACACUUUCACCGCGGAGCUGAGAGCGAGCGAGCGCGCGCGCAACGGUUUCCAGGAGGCGCAAACUUCUUCCCUCAAAAGAAGGAAAUCUGUGGAUUUUUUCCCCCUUCUUUUAUUGGAGUUUCUGUCAUCAGGGGGGGUGUUGGACGAUAGUGCGGUUGUGGACCCCCUCCCCAGGAAAAUAUAUAUAAGGAGAGGGAGAGAGAGGCGGAGGAUGUGAGAGAGAGGGGGGGAUGCGGGUGCUUGGCAGCGCAGGGAUCGCCCGUGAAGCCCCGGCGCGGGGUGUGAAUUCAGCACCAGGGGAGAGCGGACAGCUCCAGAAAAGCCGCACAUUUGCGCCGCUUCUCCGUCAGCUUUUUGCGCGUCAAGGUCAGCCCCGAGACACGAGCAAAGGAGGUGAUGGAGGCGCCCCUUCCUCGCGCCUUCAGCGCAAGACGCAGCAUGGAUGUGGGGAAAAAGCCUUAGAUGCCCGUUUCUGCCCCCCUCCUCUUCCUCACCGAUGCGGACUCUUUCCACAGCAGCCGGGGAUGAAGCGCUGAGCGUCGAAAAAUGCUGCUUUGGAUCGUGCUGCUGAAUGCGGCUCUCUGCGCGGCUGGCGGGAACGUGACGCGGGACGUGUGCAAGGAGCAGGUGUGCUCGUGCAGGGAGGUGGAGGGGGACCUGCACAUCGACUGCGAGAAGAGGAGCUUCGCCAGCCUGCAGCACCUCACCGGCCCCAGCUCGCACUUCUAUCACCUGCUGCUGCAGGGGAACUCGCUGUCCAGGCUGUUCCCCAACGAGUUCGCCAACUUCUACAACGCCGUCAGCCUCCACCUGGAGAGCAACGGCCUGCACGACAUCGUCCCGGGGGCGUUCCUGGGGCUUCAGCUGGUCAAGCGGCUGCACAUCAACAACAACAAGAUCCGCUCGUUCCGGAAGAGCACGUUUCUGGGGCUGGACGACCUGGAGUACCUGCAGGCGGACUUCAACCUGCUGCGGGACAUCGACCCGGCCGUGUUCAGGGACCUGAACAAACUUGAAGUGCUGAUCCUCAACGACAACCUCAUCAGCGCGCUGCCCACCAACGUGUUCCAGCACGUGCCCAUCACGCACCUGGACCUGCGCGGGAACCGGAUCAAGACGUUGCCUUAUGAGGGGGUGCUGGAGCAGAUCCCCGGGAUCGUGGAGGUGCUGCUGGAGGACAACCCGUGGGACUGCAGCUGCGAGCUGCUGUCCCUGAAGGAGUGGCUGGAGAACAUUCCGCGCGACGCGCUCAUCGGGAGGGUCGUGUGCGAGGCGCCCACGCGCCUGCAGGGCAGCGACCUGAACGAGACGUCGGAGGCCGACCUGUGCCCCUCGCAGAGCGGCAUCGACACCAGCCUCGUCGCCCCCCCGACGCAGGAGGAGGCCUCGCAGCCCACGCCUUACAAGCCCACGCCCGGGGGCCACGGGCCCCGGAGCCGCUCCAAGUCUCGCGAGAACUGGCAGCUGAAGACCAAACCCACCGCGUCGGCGGCAGGUGAGGGCAGGGAGCCGCUGCGCAACGCCAGCUGCCCGCAGCCGUGCAGCUGCAGGUCCGUGGGCACGCGCAGGGGGCUGGGGGUCAACUGCGAGGGCAAGAAGCUGGAGAGCCUCUCCAACCUGAAGCCCAAGCCCCUGAGCGCGCACGAGCUAAACAUGCGCGACAACAACAUCCACGCGGUGAAGCGCAACCAGCUGCUCGGCUUCUCCAGCCUGCACCUGCUCGACCUGGGCGGGAACAACAUCAAGGGGAUCGACAACGGAACCUUCCAGAACCAGAGCGAGCUGCGCUGGCUCUACCUGGAUAAGAACUACCUGGACGCGCUGGUGGCGGAGAUGUUCGUGGGGCUGGGGAACCUGGAAUACCUGAGUUUGGAAUACAACAACAUCCAGCUGGUGGCGGCGGGGGCCUUCAGCCCCAUGCCGAACCUGGGGGUUCUGCUGCUCAACAACAACCUGCUCAAGUCUUUGCCCGUCAACGCCUUUCUGGGGAUUUCUUUAUCCAAGAUCAGCCUGCACAACAACUACUUCCCGCACCUGCCCGUGGCCGGCGUGCUGGACCAGCUCAGCUCCAUCGUGCAGGUGGACCUGCACGGGAACCCGUGGGAUUGCUCGUGCACCAUCGUGCCCUUCAAGCAGUGGACGGAGAAGCUGGGCCCGGACGCCAUCGUCAGCGACCUGAAGUGCGAGUCCCCGGAGCGCUUCUGGAAGCGGGACUUCCGCUUCGUGCGCAACGACCUGCUGUGCCCGCACCGGACCCCGCCGACGCCGCUCUCCAAGGCCUUCACGCAGGAGUCGGGCACGCGCUCGAACUCCUAUCUGGAGCCCAACCGGGUGUCCAUCUCGGUGCUGGUGCCGGGCCUGCUGCUGGUGUUCGUCACGUCCGCGUUCACGGUGGUGGGCAUGCUCGUGUUCAUCCUGCGCAACCGCAAGCGCUCGAAGCGGCGCGAGGGCAACUCGUCCGCGUCCGAGAUCAACUCGCUGCAGACGGUGUGCGACUCUUCCUACUGGCACAGCGGGCCCUACCACGCGGACGGGAGCGCGCACCGGGGCUUCGACUGCAGCGCGCACCUCUCCGCCGCAAACGACGCCUGAACACCCCCCCAACU